AUGGAUCGUAGCUCGAUAGGACAAGGCCUUGUAGAUAAAAGUCAAUUCCGAGUGCGACUUGGCUCUUCACUUCCAUACACUGGCGGUCACUUACAUAGAGUAGAAAGUUUGCUUGAUCAUCCUGGAUAUGCGUAUCCUAAAGCAUACCACGACAUUGGAAUUCUGAAACUCGCCACCCCCGCCAUACUCUCCGACCGCGUUGCACUUGCCCCUAUCGCUGGACCCAACUACUGGGUCCCAGAUAACACUACCCUCACCACUGCCGGAUGGGGGACAAUUCAGUCUUUUUUUAGACCCGCAGAAAUCCUUCAGCAAGUAGAUAUAAAAAUGAUCAACCACGAUUUCUGUAGAGAAAAUUACGCUAAACUGCAGUCUGUUCAUGGUGACGACAUUCCUAAUGUAACAUCGGAAAUGGUAUGCGCUGGAUUAUUAGCUGGUGGUAAGGGUGUUUGCUAUGGUGAUUCAGGAGGACCUCUUCUUCACCAAGGAGUUGUAAUUGGAAUCACCUCUUGGGGACAACCAUGUGCCCGCGCGGAGUUUCCUGGUGUCUUUGUUAACGUACCUUCUUAUACCAGUUGGAUUGUUGAUAAUGCAUAA